AUGGCUCUUUGGAGACCUUGGGAAAAUGCUCCAAGCCACGAGGAGAUGGUUGAUGAACCUGUGCAGGCAGAAUUCUUUCAUAAAGAUUUAGAGGAACAUACCCAAAGAGUAAUCCUAAAUAUGUAUGAUUGUCUGAAAAACGAAAAUCCAGAUUCCUCGCAAAUUCAAAUUUUAAACAGACUUUGUAUCCUGACAAAAAUCAGUCGGUCUACCAUUUAUCGGGUUAUAAAAAGGGGAGAUGUAGGUUUUCAGGAAGAUAGUCGUCACUCACUGCACUGUAUUGUAAAACUGUGUGGUUUUCAAUACAAAAAAUUAGAUAAAAGAAUGGUGAUUAUGGAGUCGUCUCGAAUCGUUGAAUUGCGCCAAGAAUUUUUGCACAAAGUUAAAAUCUAUAGAGAGCAGAAAAGAAAUCUGAUUUACCUGGAUGAAACGUGGUAUGAUACCCAUGAUGUUGUGCAGUACGGCUGGGUUGACGACAGCAACAAGUGCAUUUUAAAUGCACCAUGCAACCGUGGAAAACGAAUCAUUAUUCUCCAUGCUGGCAGUGAAAAUGGAUUUAUACCUAAUGCCUUGCUGUUAUCUGCCAAAAAUAUCAAAGAAUCAUGUGUAACCGACUAUCAUGAGGACAUGACCUCCGACUUAUUUGAAAAGUGGAUAGAGCAGCAGUUAAUACCAAACAUUUCCCCAAAUUCAGUGAUUAUUAUGGACAAUGCGCCAUACCAUUCCCGACAGAAAAACAAAAUUCCGAAUACAGGCACAAAAAAACAAGACAUUAUUGAUUUUAUGAAGGAUAAGGGAAUGGAAAUACCACAAAAAUCAACCAAAGCCAUAUUAUUGGAUCUUAUUAAAAGACAAAAAUUUGAAAAAGAGUAUGGUUUAUUACGUCUACCUCCCUAUUACUGCAUUUUUAACCCGAUUGAUGAAUCGCUAUUGGCCACAAUAAGAGAUGCAGUAUCUCAUAUUGCUGCCACAGACCUAUGGAAGCAGUGUUCUAGGCAUAUUAUUGAAAAAGAAAAUAAAUAUUGUAUUUUGCCUCCUGUAAAUCCCGUUGUAAUUCCUCUACAAGAUGACUCUAGCGACAGCUCCGAAGGUGAGGAUGAUAUAUAA